UUUCAUUGUUGUCAUUGUCAAUGUCAGAAAUUCAGAAUAGAUGGUUCUGACAGAACCCAAACUCACGGGAGUAGCUACCCGGCUAGCUAGGAAUACUGUGCCAAAUUGACAAAUAUUCUUUAUUCUAGUCAAGGCCAUGACCCCCAAUUUGUCUGCAAAAUAAGGCGGCGCCAAAGUGAAUUGGAGAAGGCAAGGCGUGGUCCGUGAAAGUUGGAGAUUAUUAUUUUUGGAUUACAAUAUCGAGAAAUUAUCUGAGUGACCAUCAUGUCCCACAAACCAACGCCUUAUUCCCCGAAUUUCCCGCCGAGUCAAGGCUACGGACCCCCAUCUGAAGACGAGAAGACCAAAGAGAGCUACCCUCUUGCUCAGACAGGGUACCCUAACGCUCCUCCAGUCGGAUACCCAGGCCCCCCUGGUCCGCUUGCACCUCCGGGGGCACCUCCCGGCCCGCCUGGGCCUCCUUUACCUCCUGGCACUCAAGCUGGCUUUCAACCCGGCUUCCAACCUGGUUUUCAGCCCGGUUUUCAGCCUGGAUUCUCGCCGGGCUACCCGCAGCCACAACCGCAGCAAGGGUACCCGCAACCACAACCUCAGCAAGGAUACCCGCACCAAGGGUACCCCGCGCCUGUCGUACAGCAGCCUGUUCCGCAAGGUGCUCCAGGUGGAUGGAUGAGUAUUCCGACAGGCCUCACCAACUGCCCCCCAGGUCUAGAAUACCUCUCCAUGAUCAACCAGCUCCUGGUCCACCAGAAGGUCGAGCUGCUGGAGGCGUUCGUGGGCUUCGAGACCAACAACAAGUACACCAUAAAGAACAGCGUCGGGCAGAAGGUGUACUUCGCCGUCGAGGACAACGACUGUUGCACGAGGAUGUGCUGCGGACCGAUGCGGCCGUUCGACAUGAAGAUCUUAGACAACUUCCAGAACGAGGUUAUCCAUUUGCGUCGGCCGCUCGCCUGCUCGACAUGCUGGUGCCCUUGCUGGCUUCAAUCCAUGGAGGUCACUGCGCCGCCCGGCACCGUUAUCGGAUCCAUCGAGCAGGAGUGGUCCAUCUGCAAACCUAGCUUUGUCAUUAAGAAUGCCGCCGGCGACGUGGUGCUCAGGAUCAAGGGCCCGUUUUGCACUUACUCGAUUUGCGGCGAUGUUAGUUUCAAGGUGUACUCCAAAGACGGCGAAAACAAGGUCGGCAAAAUAACGAAGCAGUGGUCGGGACUGGCUCGCGAGGCGUUCACGGACGCGGACUACUUCGGGAUCAGCUUCCCCAUGGACCUGGACGUCAGGAUCAAGGCUGUGCUGCUCGGGGCCUGCUUCCUUAUUGACUUCAUGUUCUUCGAAAAAUCCGGAAACCAGGAGAAUGACGGGGCCGGAAUGUUGUAACAAAACAGUCAUUGUAAUGGGGAAGGUGCAAAAGAAACAUUUACAACAUAUUCUUAAUCAAUGAGACCGAAGUAGGUAGUGUCUAAAAGCCGUAACAGGCUACCGCACCGCACCGCGACCUUAAUGCGGUCAAAAUAUCUCUUUCUCGCUCUAACUUAUAGCUGCUUCCUUAACGCACGUACUGCGACCACCUUACAGACUAUCGAUAUGUGCGCCGCACCGCACCAAGGUCGCGGUGCGGUAGUCUGUUACGGCUAAUGAUCAACCACACCGGAAAAAACCAGAGAAAGAUUUACCUCCCAAAUUGACGUGGCAUAGUUGUGUCACACGUUGCGUUAUUUUCAUUUAUUUUCUCGGCAAACUGUGCCUCAACGUCUUUUAACCCCUCAACUCCCAGGGGUCUAAUUUGCCAGCUAACAAACCUCCUGUAUUUUUAAGUUUAGAAUUGAAUUUUGGGUCUCUUCUCUGUCCGACUCGAUAUAAAGCCGGUGAGAAGCGAGGGUUCAAGCUUCGGUGUGGUCGAUCCUUUUUGAGAUUAAUUGUGAAAAUAAGAUAUAAAAAAAACUUAAUUUCGGCUAUUGGUUUUGCUGUCAAUAGUUUAAACAUUACUUUUAGACGUUUCAUAUUUCAAUGAUAAUAGAAGACAACCGUGUGCCGUGUACUUAAACGCGCCAAAAAGAUAUAUUUAGUAAAAAUGUACACGAUAACACGGAAAAUGACACGUUAAUAAAUCGAAUUUUUGAUAGUUUUCACGAAUUGCUAACUUGCCUUAGUUGGGUUUUAUUGGCGAUUAGUUGGGUUCUUUACAAUAUAAACAGUUCUUGUGAUGACAAUACCUGAAAAUUGCAUAUUAUUUAUGUAAUAUAAUACUAGAAUUCUUCCCCACUGCACAAUUAGUUAAGGCACUAGAGUAAAAACAAGCCUAUCUUAGGUGCUUUUUCAACGUAAUAAUAUUUGAUAAAGUAUUUACAAUAUGUUAUUUACCUUUUUUAUUGCUGGUUAUACAUUUCUUAUUACUUAGUUUUAUGAAUCUCGUAUGAAGAAUCUUAUCGCGCACACUAUUAUUUUGCUUUGAUACAUAAGUGUAGCUUUAUACAUUUCAAAUAUUUCAAUCUAUAAACUGAAGAAUUUGUUAUGUAACGGUGGCCUUCGAUUUUGUAAUUCAUAUUUUCUAGAGUGAAUAAUAUACAAAUAUGACGCUUAAAACCUUUACCUACCUUUAUACGAUCUGAGUGAGAAAACUGAAAUUGUUUUAGUCGUUUUUAGACCGAGCGGGGUGGCAUGUAAGAGUUAUAUUUUAGCGUAAUGUUUAUGAAUUUUGUUUAUUUCUGGCCAUCAGGUUGUGCUCUAUGUUAUUAGUGAUUUAUUAUAUUUUGGCUAUAUUAAAAAACUUUAAAGGGACCCACUGAUUAACAGUCCGCCGGACGGUAUCGGCCUGUCGGUUAGAACAAAAUGUUGACAGUUCCGAACAACUGACAGGCCGAUACCGUCCGGCGGACUGUUAAUCAGUGGGCCCCUUAAGAGGAUUGAGUUAACGUGUGCGUAAUGCGCGGUAUCGCUUUCUACUUAGUCGUAGUUUAUUAAUAUUAAAUACUGAUAAUAUAAUGUAAAAUUGAGACUGGCGUGAUCAUCGUAGGUAUUUUAGCCACGUACAACAAAUCUAAACUUUCCUACAGACAACGUAUACUAUGAAUAUAAACUGUAUGAAGAUGUAUAGAUGCGCGCUACUCUAAUAUACAUAAUAGUUUACACAGAAGCAAUAAAAUGUCUAUUAUAAACUUAAUAACCUUUUAGCACAGUCAAGUCAAGUGUAAAAAUAUGAGUGCAUACAACUUACUCAAAUAUAGGUAUGUCCAGUUCUUGAUUCGCUGACAUAAGAAAUAUGUCCCAUAACAUUUUUGAGUAGGUAUGAUGAGUGCACUCAAUUUUUUACAGUUGACUAUACCUACAUGUACUUACUUAUUUUACGAAAUUGAGUCGUAUAAUUCAUACAUACUUACAUUUAUAUUCCAUGUUGUUAGGUAUCUAGGUAGCCACCUUUUUUAAGGCCUUUUCAGACUGUACGAAAGCAUUAAGUACUAAUAAGUUUAAAUUUUUCCUUGUACAAGGAAAAAUUACGUCAAAUAUGUUUACGCUUUUGCAUCUUACUCCUUUGUAAUAAGGCGGAAAUUGUAAUCAUAUCUUUGACGUCGACUGGAGUAGCUCUUUUAUCCUUACCAAAAAGUUAUUGAUUGUAGAAAAAACGUGUCCCUGAGUUUGACAACCAUACAAGAUGUCGCCAAACGGUGCCAUAUAUUUUGUGGCACUUGACUUGUUAAUCGUCAACUUUUGACAACCAAUUGUUCGGGAAAGUACCUAGAACGUUAUCUAAAACUAGGAGGAUGUUUUUUUCUUACAAGAGGUAUUAAACCUCUUGUGUAGACCUCUUCUACUGUAAAUAACUCUUUGUUCUUACUAAAAAAUACUUAAAGUACAUAGAUUACAUAUACAAAACGAAUUUUAUGCAAAUGUUGUACACGGGUAAAAUCCUUGUUCCUAUUAUUCUUAUGUAUAUGACUAUAAUACUCCCCACAUGGGUUGUAUUUAAACUUAAUUAUAAAAUGUAAUAUGUACCUAUACAAAACAUAAUAAUGGCGCCAAAUUCAUUUUAGUAAUUUCAAAUAAUCUUAACAAAGUAAUAUUGGCUUGGUUAUGUUAUCUUACGGCUGUAAUUGCAUUUUAGUGUUUAAUUUUAGAGUGUUGGUAGCGGCUGACAAUAAUAAUGUAUUUUAUGAUUACAGCCUUAAAUACUACUAAUACUUUACUUGAAAAGACUAUCGCUUCCUUCAACCAAGCAAUGACAGUCGGAAGAGUGCCUACCACGAACAUCGAAAAUCCAAGUUUCGUUUCCUCGUAUUGGGAUGCUAUAGGUAAGUAUAUACAAUUUUCGAUGUUCGUGGUAGCUUUUCCGGAGUCUUAUCUCAUUAGAAUUACUUUUUUUUAUAUUUUUGCAUGAGAGUGUUUUUAUAUUGCUGUGACAUUCUAUAUAAACGUUACCUUUUUACUUAAGCAUUGUGAAUCGUCUUAUGGAUUGCACAUUAUAAUGGAAAUUCAAUAAAUCUUUACAUACAA